AUGCCACUCCUCUCCAAAGGAAAAAGAAAAGCCAAAAAUCAGACUAGAGAUAUUAAAGGACAGUAUAAUACCAAAAAAAUGGAGUUAACUGAUCAAGAAAACAUAGUAAAUGAGCUAUAUAAUAGCGAUACUGAAGAUGAACUGGACGUUAGCAUUGAAAACGGAGGUGAGAAAAAUGGUGGCUGGAAUAAAUAUAAUGAGUUAGAUAAAAAUGAUAGUCAAUUCGAAAAAACAAAACGGGGCCUGUAUAUGAAGGGCAAGACACCAAAGUCAACUUAUUAUGAUAAGUACAGGCCAACUGACCCAAACGACUUAGAAGAAAUCUCUGAUGACUCAGAUAGUGAACCUGACUUAUAUACUUUUACAAUAAAUAGAAAAGCAAAUGAUUUAAAAAAGCAGUUAGAACAAAACUAUAAUAAACUAAUGGUUAAAGAAUACAAUUACAAAAGAGCUAUUUUUGAAUACCUUAUUUUAUUAAGUAAAAAUAAUGGACGUAGAAAAAUUAAAGCUAGCUUGGAUGUUGCUCGUAAGGUCUUCAUUGAUGGUAAUAUGUGGAAAGCUCGAAAAAUUCGGUAUUUUACGAAGUAUUGGUUACUUAACGAUAAGCUCCCACUAUCUAGACAUAGAAAACACCAAAAAACAAUUAGAAUAAUUGACGAUGAAGAUAUUGGAGACAAAUGUCAUAUUUGGAUUAGAAGCCAAAACUUUAAG